CAGCGGAAUACUGACAAAGUCGUCAACUCUCAAACUCAUUUCAUUGUUAGAGAGACAAUCUUAGCCUUAGAAAAAAAAUAAAAAAUACAGAGUUUCUCCAGUUCCUGUUGGUUCACACGAAAUUCUAACCAGGAUUGUCUCGAACAUAACUAAGAUUGUCUUGAAUACUUUGAGAUAAGAUUGUCUUGAAGAAGAUAGUCUUGUUAGAACUAGAAAAGAAACCGUUGAUUCCAUUUCCUCAGCUGCAGCUGUGUUGGGGGCACUUCUAGGUAGGUGUUAGUUUCCGCGAAUCACCCUUUUCUCAAAUUUUCUAUAACCCCCAUUUCCGAGGACGAACAAUACAGAGACAGAACUCUGAGGUCAAAAUCUGAUUAGGGUUUUGCCUCGUUUGCGACAAUGGAUUACGCUCGAGACGGGAACGUGGUUCAAAUAAUCACUGGCGGUGGUGGAGGAGGAGAGAGCUGGUCCGGCGAUCAAGCCGAUUGGGCAACGGAGGAUGAGUACCGGUAUUGGAACAGCAACAACAACAAUAACGGAGACGCGGAAUCGACGCCGUCGAACUCGAAUUACGAGUCGCGGUCGGAGCCGCCUAGCAAAAAGUCCCGGAAUUCGCAGGAUGGGAGCUCAAACCGGUCAAAGGCUAUAGGGAAAAUGUUCUUCAAGACGAAACUGUGCUGCAAGUUCAGGGCAGGGACCUGCCCUUACAUCACCAACUGCAAUUUUGCCCAUAGCAUUGAGGAGCUACGCCGCCCGCCACCAAAUUGGCAGGAGAUUGUGGCAGCACACGAGGAGGAGAAGGCAGUGAUGGCAGAGCCAAGGGAGGAGUUUCAGAUUCCCACUGUGGGGUCUUCCACCUUUGCAGGUGAUACGAUGCAGAGGUCCUACAAGGGAAGGCAUUGUAAGAAGUUUUAUACUGAGGAAGGGUGUCCCUAUGGGGAUAGUUGCACCUUCCUUCAUGAUGAACAAUCAAAGAACCGAGAGAGUGUUGCUAUAAGUUUAGGCCCAGGGGGUUAUGCUGGCGGUGGUGGUGGAAGCAGUGGCGGUGGUAGUGGCGGGGGAGGUGUAAGUGGAAAUGGUGGUGGUGGUAGUAGUGGUGCUAACGCCGCUGGGAAUGGGGCUAAUUCGAAGCCCUCUAAUUGGAAAACCAGGAUUUGCAAUAAAUGGGAGAUGACAGGGUAUUGCCCCUUUGGCAACAAAUGCCAUUUUGCUCAUGGUGCCACAGCAUGUUUGCAUGUCAGAAAAUCACGCUUGUGCACAGGGAAAUGCAUGGUUCCUUUUACUUCUACACAAUGAAAGGCAUAACAAACUCAACCUACAGCAAGAGAGAACUUUUGGGUUUUGAAGUGUGGAAAUUUGGCCCUCUCUUUUUCCGAAAUAUCUAUCAUUAACUAUGUGUUCCCUUAUUUGAGAUUAUUGAUACUUUUUCUGUGCCUUGAAUGCUUCAAUAUCUAAGGUUUCUUUUUACUAAAAUAAAUGAGAGAUCAGAAAGGCAUAGGUUCUUAAGUAGCAGGUUGUAGAUGGAAUUGAAGCAAAAAAAUGUAAGAUGCAACUUUUGUAACUGCUGUGUACGCAGUGGAAGCACACCAAGAGAAAUGAAACUUUGUUAAACUAUACUUGUCCGUUGACAUACUUACAAAUGUAGCCAAACACAAAUGUGAAGAAGCAAAUUUAGGUAACCAAUCAAAUGGUGGGUUCUCUCCAACUAAAUAGUACUAUUCUUGAGAUACUGCUAUGCUAGGGCUUGAGAAACCAGAAAUGCAACGAAUGAUUUAUAUUUCGCAACCUAGAUUCCACCUGCAUAAGCAGAUUUAGGGCCAUACAUAUUGUAUUGAAAUACAUUUUAGCUUCCAUGUUAAUAAAUUUUGAUUGUGUUGCUUUCUGAUUUUAUACAAUUUAAAUGAUAUGACAUAAAAAAUUGGAAGCAUUUGUGAAGGUUAUAAUUAGAGAAAUUCUAUUCUUCUCUCUGAAAUUUAAGGGCUUUGGUAAUGUUGUCGAGAAACUGUCACUCCCUCUUUCUCUGGUUUGCCGAAAUCCAUUCAACUGAUGGACAUGGACAAUUGUACCAAAGUCCUAAUUUAUUUGGGUAUCAUAGAAUAUGUCAUCCAAUUAACGUAAUAAUUUAGUAUAUACCACCUCUGGUUCUAUGUAUAAAAAAAAAAAAAA